AUCACCAUUGUUCAUCACACAAUGUUGCUGUUACUAUGUACAAUGUUCUCCUGGUUCUGCUCCUCUCAGUCAGCAUCAGUUCAUGUAAGUCCUUCCAGGUUUCUUGGAACUCCUAGCAGGUUGGUUCUUGAAAGAACCAUGCAAACAGAGUUAUACAAAUAAAACAAUUUAUCAUCUAUGCCUUCCUUUUAACCUUGAAAGAAAAAUUUAAAAGAUGUUAAUUUAUUAAAUUAUAUUUAUAUCACCAAACAACCAACCAGGAGAACUAACUUCCCUGAUAUUCUAUUGUAUUUAUAUUUUGCUUGACCACAUGGAAUAUUUAUUAUUGUUCAGUUGUUUCAGUUGUGUCUGACUCUGCAUGACUCCAUUUGGGGUUUUAUUGGUAAAGAAGAGUGGUUUCCCAUUUCCUUCUCUAGCUCAUUUUACAGAUGAGGAAACUGAGGCAAAUAGGGUUAAGUGACUUGCCCAGAGUCACACAGCUAAAAAGUAUCUGAGGGAUCUUUCUUCCUGGCCAUCUUGGCGGCAGGUCUCUGGAUGAGGGUCCUCCCGCACCGCAGGCAGGAAGAUGGUGGCUGCAAAGAAGACGAAAAAGUCGCUGGAGUCCAUCAACUCGAGGCUCCAGCUGGUGAUGAAAAGUGGCAAAUACGUGCUAGGCUACAAACAGACCCUGAAAAUGAUGAGACAAGGCAAAGCCAAAUUGGUCAUCUUGGCCAACAACUGCCCAGCCUUGAGGAAAUCAGAGAUUGAAUAUUACGCUAUGUUGGCCAAAACUGGCGUCCAUCACUACAGUGGCAACAACAUUGAAUUGGGUACAGCAUGUGGGAAGUACUACAGAGUUUGUACACUGGCUAUCAUUGAUCCAGGUGAUUCUGAUAUCAUUAGAAGCAUGCCAGAACAGACCAGUGAAAAGUAAACUGUACAAAAGUAUUCUUUAAUAAACUGGCCAAAACUUGCUUAAAAAAAAAAGUAUCUGAGGGCAGAUUUGAACUCAGUUCUUCACAUGGAAUAUUUUCAUAAUUUCUAUAAAUAAGCUGCUCAUGUUACUUAGUCCUUCAAAAUGGUGCUGAUUUAACUUGUAUUGAUUAAUAUUAUAAUGGGCACAAAGGCAUAGGUUAUUAGUUUUUUAAAAUUCAAUUUUAUUUUCCAUUCCAAAUUCUUUUCCUCUCUCUUCUCCAUCCUCUAUUCACUGAGAAGAGAAGAAAAACAAAGCCCAUUCCAAAUAUGUAGAGUCAAAACCUGGGUUACUCUUCUGUAUCACCAACACAAUGCUUAAUUUUCUUGUCAGAACCUCAGAAUCUUCCACAGAUUUUUAGUUCUCAUAAACAAGAAGCAGAAGAUACAGAAUUAGAGAGGUGGUGUUACUACUAGACUAUACUGACCACAUCUGGAAGACCGUAUCUAGACUUGGGCUGAAUAUAGUGUUCAAUGCCCAGGCAAGUUAGACCUGAUCAGAAAACAACUAGGAUAAUGAGAGAAUUCUGACUUCCUGCCAUGCAUUUAACAGUUGAUAGAAUUUUAGAGAUUUAUUUAAUA